UGAUAUAAAUCAUAAUGAGUAGAAAAUAACCAAAGAGCAAAGUUUUAGUAACUUAUUACUUCCUUUGUUGUCUAUGAAAAUUCACUCUUAUAUAUAAUGAUACACAAAUGAUAUAUUCCAAAUUUACUAGCUUUCAAAAUGUUAAUACUGAACAGUUCCUAAUUUCAUGCUGCACGAUAUUUUAUCACUGUUCCUUGCGUCAAGCGUUAAGUGAGUUGCAGAAAUGCAAUAUUAUGUUACAAAAAAAUAACGGUAAUUUUUUUUACAAAUAUACGCGGUGAUAAUCUUUACUUUCGUUACUUUCCAAAAAAAAGUAUAAGCAAGUGGGGGCGGAAAUAGGGAUGCCCAGCUUACAUUCACUCGUCGUACGACGAACUCCACUAAUGGAUAUGGGUACUGCCACCAGUUCUGUGACAUCUGUCAACCCUUCUAAUAAAAUUACCACCAAUCAGAAAAAAGUUGAAAAGUCCAACAAGCUUUCUGGAGUCAGAUUACCUUUGCUACGCAAGGAAGCAAGCGUUGUGAAUCUUUCAUUAACGGAGAGGACUGCACUAGGAAAAGGAGUGGAUGCACCUUUACUUAGACCUGAAAGUAGUGCAAGUUUAGAAGCUCGUGGUAACAGCUGGCUAAGUUUAGGCCCUGGAGUAUUAAGAAAAUGUGAAACUGCUGUGGGUUUAAGUACUUCUGCUCUAGAAGGUCGACCUAUAAAUCGUAGUCGAGUUUGUUCUCGCUGUUCAAGUUUGUUAUCAUUGGCAUCUAGUUCGCGUUAUAGUCUAGCUGCAGGCAACUUUGUUCCUGCAGGCUCCCAACAAACGCUUGGACGCCUUUUUUGUAAAUUAUGCCUUGUUGAUACUUCUAUUUCCAAAACAUUUAAAAUAGAGGGCUGUGGUUGUUCCUAUUGUAAAGAUUGUAUGAAAGCAUAUGUUGAAUUUGAAAUUGAAGAAGGUGCAUACGAAAUUAGUUGUCCCGAUGCACAAUGUGAACAAGGAGCAAUAUUAUCCAUGAAGGAAAUAUCAAGUCUUGUUAGUCCUGAACUUGUAGAAAAACAUCAUAAAUUUCGCUUGAAUAGAGAUGUAUCCAUGGACAAAGCACGUGCUUGGUGUCCACGUGCAGGUUGUGAAACAAUAUGUUCAGUAAAUGCUACUGGAUCGAAUGGAACUCCUAUUGGACCAGUUCAUUGUCCUAAUUGCUCUACAGAUUUUUGUUCUAUAUGCAGAGAAUCUUGGCAUAAUGGCCCUUGUUCAGAUCUUUCAUUAGGUAUACCUUUAGAUGGUGAUCACAUUAAGUGCUGUCCUAUGUGUUCUGUACCUAUAGAGAAGGAUGAAGGAUGUGCUCAAAUGAUGUGUAAAAGAUGUAAACAUAUUUUCUGCUGGUACUGCUUGACUUCUUUAGAUGAUGACUUUUUAUUGAGACAUUAUGACAAAGGACCAUGUAAAAAUAAAUUGGGUCAUUCACGUGCAUCAGUUAUUUGGCACAGAACACAAGUUAUUGGAAUUUUUGCUGGAUUUGGUUUGCUCUUACUUGUUGCGUCGCCGUUGCUUUUACUAGCUGCCCCGUGUAUUGUAUGCUGUAAAUGUCGUGUAUGUGGUUCGUCUAGACUUGAACAAGAGGAAGGUGAUACUACAACAUAA